CCGGAUAAUAAUUUGCUCAGUUACGUCGGCAACUCAGCGAAGUGAGUCUCCGAGUUUGGUAUCAGAAGUGUGAUGACGUCGCAGUGUAACGUGUUUGUUGUUUUCGCGAUUUUGGUAAGCUGUUACCAUUGCGGUGAUGGCGCGAGAAUAUUGGGCCUAUUUCCAACCGCCUCGAUAAGCCAUCAAAUCGUGUUCCGUAAGCUGACGUUAGAAUUGAACAAACGAGGCCACGAACUCGUCGUCUUGACAACGGACCCGGUCAGAGAUCCAACUUUGAAGAAUUACACCGAGAUAGACAUCAGCUUUCUUUACGAGAAAGUGACCUUGAUAGGUAACAUAGUUGAUUACCGGGGGAAAUUCGACUGGUUCGAUAUGGUUUUAGCAAAUGAGCCAAAGAUGCGCCCUCAGAUCGCUCAAGUUUUCGGGCAUCCGGAGUUGAAGAAAUUGUACGAACCGAACAGUGGUGAAAAGUUCGACUUGAUAUUGAUGGAGAUAUUCAUUACACCCAUCUACUUGGCUCUUGGUGAGCGAUUCAAGGCUCCUGUGAUCGGCAUUGCGAGCACGACUUUGCAGAUACAUUUGGAAUAUGGAAUCGGCAAUCCUAUACUGUCAUCACACCCAUCGAACUGGGGAAUAACAGAGACGGCUGGAGCAUCGUGGAUGUUGUGGGAACGGUUGAAGAACUUCGUGAAAUGCUGGAAACAUAUUCACUACAUGAGGACUGUAGUUUUGUCAAAUCAACAGGAAAUUGCAGAGAAGUUUCUUGGGACUGGUGUAUCCAAUCUAGCCGAUUUGGAGAAGAACAUUAGUUUGAUUUUUGUCAAUCAGCAGGGACCGAUAUCUUUUGCUAAGCCGAGCGUACCGAAUGUUAUCGAAAUCGGCGGCAUGCACGUGCCAGACACGAUAAAACCUCUGCCUACAGAUCUUCAGAAGACUCUGGACGAAGCUUCCCAAGGUUUCAUUUACAUGAGUCUCGGAUCAAACGUCAAAAGCAACAUGUUGUCGGAGAAAACACGAGACGCUUUCAUAACCGCGUUUUCAAAGCUUCCUUACAAGGUGAUAUGGAAGUUUGAGGAUGACCAGCUCAAAGGCAAACCGGACAACGUGAUUAUCCUGAAGUGGGCGCCGCAACAGGCAAUUCUGGCUCAUCACAAUAUCAAGCUCUUCAUAUACCAGGGCGGACUCCAGAGUACAGAAGAGGCAAUUUCACACGGUGUUCCUUUGGUCGGGAUACCAAUCAUGGGUGAUCAAGAUACGAAUGUGAAAAAAAUGGUAUCUCUUGGCGUUGCCAAGAGCAUAGAGAUCACUGACACGAAUGCAGACGAUAUUCUGCUCGCAAUACGUUCCGUUGCACUUGACGACAGUUACAAACAGAGGAUGUUGAGUUUACGCUUCCUGAUCAAAGACAGACCUUACGAUACACUCGAGAAUGCGAUUUGGUGGACGGAACACGUGAUACGCCAUAGAGGUGCUCCAUACCUCCUUUCCACAACCGCAAACGAUCCGUGGUACCAACGUCAGGACGUGGAUAUAAUAGCGUUUCUUUCCGCUACAUUCGUUACAAUUUUAAUAUUGGUAUUACUAAUAACCUACAAAUGUAUUAUUUACAAUAUCAAAGCCUUCAGGUACCGGCCAGUUAACAAGAAAGAGAAAAGAAAUUACAAAAUAUUUGCUCGAUUGUAUCAAGUUGAAGGAAGUAACCAGUUUUAUGAUCCCACGAAUUUCGGAAUCAGCCCCUAUCCAUUGUACGCUAAUCCGAGUGAUUGGCACUUCGGCGACGCAGCGAGAAUAUUGGCUGUGUUUCCUACAGCCUCUAUAAGUCAUCAGAUCGUAUUUCGGAAGCUGACACUGGAACUGAACAAACGAGGUCAUGAACUUGUCGUGGUUACACCGGAUCCGGUCAACGAUCCAACUCUGAAAAACUACACGGAAAUUGAUGUCAGUUUCCAGUACAAUGACAAAGAUAGUUUGCCAAAUAUAAUAGGCAUGCGAGGAAAAGUCGACUGGUUUGGGUGGUUGAAGGUUCAAGUACCGAUGAUAACCAGGCAAGUAACUAAGAUAUUCGAGCAGCCAGAUCUCAAGAAACUGUACCAUCCUAACAGCGGCGAGAAGUUCGAUUUAAUAUUGAUGCAAAUGUUUUUCACCCCCGCCUUCAUGUCAUUCGCCGCACGAUUCAAGGCCCCAAUGAUUGGUAUCCACAGUGCGAGUCUGCAAACAUCCAUGCAGUACGCGAUCGGCAAUCCAAUAUUGCAUUCCGAUCCGUCAAACUGGCAGCUGGAUAUGAAGUUCCCCGAGUCAUCAUGGAUACCGUGGAGAAGAUUGGACAACUUCAUCCAAAGUUGGAGAUUCAUCCACUAUCACAGGACCGUGUAUUUGCCAAAACAGCAGAAAAUCGCUGAGAAAUAUCUAGGAAUUGAUAUUCCGGACCUCCACGACUUGGAGAAGAAUAUCAGCUUGAUAUUCGUCAAUCAGCAGGGGCCGAUUUCUUUUGCCAAGCCGAACGUACCGAAGGUUAUUGACAUUGGUGGCUUUCACGUCACAAAUAAGAUAAAGCCAUUGCCAAAGGAUCUUAAAAAGGUCUUGGACGAAGCUACGCAGGGUUUCGUGUACAUGAGUCUUGGAUCAAACGUCCAUAGCAAAAUGCUACCCGAAAAAGCACGGAAAGAUAUCGUUGCCGCGUUCUCGAAGCUUCCCUACAAAGUGAUUUGGAAGUUUGAAGACGAUACGCUUAAAAAUCUACCGGAAAACGUGAUUAUCCUGAAGUGGACACCACAGCAGGCUGUUCUCGCUCACCCAAACAUCAAAGUAUUUAUAUACCAGGGUGGACUUCAGAGUACAGAAGAAGCCGUUUCUAACGGUGUUCCUUUGAUCGGAUUGCCGGUUAUGAGUGACCAGGACAUGAAUGUCAGGAAAAUGGAGUCUGUUGGUGUUGCCAAGAAGCUGGAAAUUACUAACAUAAACGAGAAAGAUUUCUUUGAGGCGGUACGCACUGUCGCAGGUGACGACGGAUACAAGCAGAGGAUGCUGAAUUUGCGUUCCCUGCUUAAGGACAAACCUUAUAAUAUGCUUGAGAACGCAGUUUGGUGGACGGAACACGUGAUAAGACACAGAGGUGCUCCAUACCUACACUCCACAACCGCUGACCAGCCGUGGUAUCAGCGUCAGGACAUGGACAUAGAACGCGAUUCAGUCUGUGAAGUCGUCAGUGCGAAGAUGUCGUGGCGUGUUAUUUUCAUCGUGUUUACGCUAUUAGCGAGUGAUUGGCACUUCGGCGAUGCGGCAAGAAUAUUGGCUGUACUUCCUACAGCCUCUGUAAGUCAUCAGGUCGUAUUUCAGAAGUUGAUGUUGGAACUGAACAAACGAGGUCAUGAACUUGUCGUCGUUACACCGAAUCCGGUCAACGAUCCAACUCUGAAAAACUACACGGAAAUUGAUAUCAGUUUUCAGUACAGUGACAAAGAUACUUUGCCAAAUAUCAUAAACCUGCGGGGAAACGUCGACUGGUUUGGGCUCCUAAAGGUAUUUGAACCGAUGCUGAGCAAGCAUGCAGUUCAGAUAUUCGAGCACCCAGAGCUCAAGAAACUGUACGAUCCUAACAGCGGUGAGGAGUUUGAUUUAAUAUUGAUGCAAAUGUUUAUCACUCCCGCUUUUAUGUCAUUCGCCGCACGAUUCAAGGCCCCGAUGAUUGGUAUCGUCAGUGCAAGUUUGCAAACAAGCGUGCAGUACGCGAUCGGCAAUCCAAUAUUGCAUUCCGAUCCGUCGAACUGGCAGCUGGACAUGAAGUCUCCCGGGUCAUCAUGGAUACCGUGGAGAAGAUUGGACAACUUCAUCCAAAGUUGGAGAUUCAUCCACUACCACAGGACCGUGAUUUUGCCAAAAUACCAGAAAAUCGCUGAGAAAUAUCUAGGAAUUGAUAUUCCGGACCUCCACGACUUGGAGAAGAAUGUCAGCUUGAUAUUCGUUAAUCAGCAAGGGCCGAUUUCCUUUGCCAAGCCGAACGUGCCCAAGGUUAUUGAAAUCGGUGGCUUUCACGUCGCAGAUAAGAUAAAGCCAUUGCCAAAGGAUCUUAAGAAGGUCUUGGAUGAAGCCACACAAGGUUUCGUGUACAUGAGUCUUGGAUCCAACAUCCAGAGCAACAUGUUGCCCGAAAAAGCACGGAAAGAUAUCGUUGCCGCGUUCUCGAAGCUUCCCUACAAAGUGAUUUGGAAGUUUGAAGACGAUACGCUUAAAAAUCUACCGGAAAACGUGAUUAUCCUGAAGUGGACACCACAGCAGGCUGUUCUCGCUCACCCAAACAUCAAGGUAUUUAUAUACCAGGGUGGACUUCAGAGUACAGAAGAAGCCGUUUCUAACGGUGUUCCUUUGAUCGGAUUGCCGGUUAUGAGUGACCAGGACAUGAAUGUCAGGAAAAUGGAGUCUGUUGGUGUUGCUAAGAAGCUGGAAAUUACUAACAUAAACGAGAAAGAUUUCUUUGAGGCGGUACGCACUGUCGCAGGUGACGACGGAUACAAGCAGAGGAUGCUGAACUUGCGUUCCCUGCUCAAAGACAAACCUCACGAUAUGCUUGAGAACGCAGUUUGGUGGACGGAACACGUGAUAAGACACAGAGGUGCUCCACACCUGCACUCCACAACCGCUGACGAACCGUGGUACCAACGUCAGGAUAUGGACAUUAUAGCGUUUCUUUCCGCCAUGUUUGUCAUUUUAUCAAUUCUGUCGGUAUUCAUUUUUUACAAGUGUGUAAUUUUAAGUAUUAGAUUAGCGAGUCACCCGACAGUCGAGAAGAGUAAGAAGCGUAAUUAGAUUAAUCGCUACAGUUUACAUAAUGCAUUUUCAUUUGCUGACGCAAGUCGGUAGUUUGAUAAGUAUUCGGAUUUGACGCGAAUAUGUAACAGUGAGUCCACUUUUCAGUCAAAGCUAUUAACGAAAUUCUGCUUACACUAAUCGAGGCUGAUCUCGAUGCUCGUUGUGCAACCGUCAUCACACCUCAUCCACGAAGAAAGACGGAUAACCUGCGUUCAAUUGUUGGCGAUUUUUGAAGCCUGGAUUACUAAAUCUCAUUAAAAUUAUGUAUAUGUGGCAUUCCAUGAUGUUUCGAUCAAGGUUCUACGUCGAUAUCUGAAAUUGGAUUUGAAAUAUUUCAGAUGAAAGUACGUGUUGAAAAAUGAGAAUGCCAAGUUUCUUCAGAAUUUUUUAGUCCCAGCUCAUUUGAAGUCUGAUUUAAAAACUUGAAAAACACCCCACUUUGUAAAAAAAUUCAUGAAAAUCUUAUCAAGUAUAAAAAAAAAAUUUGACACCUGUUAGAAGAUAAACAUUUCAUAACUUAAAAAGAUAAGUAAGAAAAAUGCUAAAAAAAACAAUUAUUUCUUAUUAUUGGAUGGCAUUUUUGACACAAGUAUGAACAGAAAAUCACAUCAUAAUAUCGAUGAAUAGGAAUUUUUCGGCCCACAUGUAAAAAAAAGUUUUAACACCUAUCAGAAGAUGGAAGAUUUUGAAGAAACAAAACACCAUGCUUCAACGUCCCAAAUGAGCUUCUAUGUUUCUUCUCACGUCAAAAAUCCAAUCUAAUAAUAUUGAUAAUUUUUUUUUCAUCAUUUUUCUUGCUUAUCUUCUAAAGUUAUGAAAUCUCCCACUUCAAAUACGUGUCAAAUUUGAAAAAAAAAAUAAUCAGCAUUUCCCGGGUUUUCGUAGAUUUUAGAAAGUGGGUUGUUUUCCAAGUUUUUAAAUCAUACUUCAGAUAUGCUGGGUCAGAAAAUUCUGAAAAAAAUUGCGGUUGCGUUUUUUGUCAUGUAUUUUCAUACAGCAAAUUUUAAAGCCAAUCUCAGACAUCGAUGUGAAAUCUUGAUGGUGAUGUCAUCUAAUGUCCCAUACAUAUAUAAAUGACAGAGCGUGUAUAAAUAAGCGGUACGUCGAAAAUGAAUCUACUCAUGGAAAGAUAUUGUCGUAUUCACACGAAUGUAUACACACGUCAUGUUGGUCAUUAACAGCGACGUACUAGCGAGCCUCAGUCUAACAACAGACUUCUUUGAGUCAACUCAAUAUUACCUAAUCUAAGCGCUUGUUGUUAUAUUCCCGUUCAUGUAACAUGUAUGUGUGAAAGUAGUGAAAUAUUACGAAUAGAACUGAAAUGUAAAUGAUUAUGAAUUGAUAAUGAACUCGUAAGCUUGAAAAUUA